AUGAGGUUGAGUGGGAUGGCAAUUUCCCUUUUUGUUGUUGUUGUGGCAUCGAUCCUGCAGCGUGCUGUGGCUUCUGGUUCCAACUCUACCAACACCAACGAAACUGUUUCUACAGCCGAAAAUCAAGAUGUUGGAUCUAUCCCUGUUCCUUUCCUGUUCAUGGAAAGUCCCAAUUGGAGAGACCUUUCAGCCAUGAUGGAAAAGUACCGGCACGAUUCCAGCGUGCUCCUUCGAGGACUCAGUCAGUCCUUGGAAGUGGCACUCCAUUCCGAGCGAGAAAUGGGAAUCGAGCCAGACAUUCAAGUCGUUGGUACAGGUACUACCAAUACCGCUGAUAAGACAGCAAAUUUUCUGCUCUCUAAACGGUUGAAACAUCGGCUGGAUCGAGUCGCGGCUUGUUUGCAUCACAAUGAAAAGGAACUCAAUUCGUUGAUGCAAGAGUUUCCCGUCCGAUUGGCCUUGCCAACAACACACCAGCCAUCGUCGUCCAAUGAUGAACGAAAUCAACCAAAAAGAAACUUAUUCCCCGAGUCGCAACAAUCCACAGCAGACUCUUCUCAUCUUUUCACAUUGCCUCACACCUUUCCGGGGACCACGGCAGCUGAUCCCAGCAAGAAAAAUGCCUAUGAUUGUGGAGGUCAAGUCAUUGCUCACAUAGUCCGAGAUUGGACGCUACUGGGACAACCAGUGCGGGCGUCCAUCUACGACUGGUGCAGUGAAAUGGUGGAGAAGCACCACAAACCUGGCACAUCAACGUCAUCGUCUUUGCCCAUUUUGGUUCCAGGAGCUGGCUUGGGAAGACUGGCUCAUGACUUGGCCUCGUCUGGCUAUUCCGUGGAAGCAAAUGAAGUUUCAUUGUCCAUGGCAGCUGCAGCGCGGGCCAUCUUAGAGGACAAGAGACAUGGGAGUUUCUAUCCCUUUGCUCUCGACUCCUGGGCGAACGAGGUCGAGUCUGAGCGUCACUAUGAUCGAGUCCAGUAUCCGGACACAACAAUAUUGAACUUCAAACCAAACGGAAGUCUCUCCUAUACACUGGGAGACUUUGUCGACGUAUAUCACUGGCAGCGGCCCAGCGCUUCCUUUGGAUGCGUUGUCACCUGUUUCUUCAUUGAUACAGCCACGAACGUCUACGAGUACAUUUCUACCAUUGAGCACGCACUCUCUUCGGGGGGAUACUGGAUCAACAUUGGGCCUUUGCGUUGGCAUCACAACUCGGUAUUGCAUCCAGCUGCAGACGAGCUUCGAUUGCUACUGGAAUCUUCCAUGUUUGCCUUUGAGGUUUUGCAUUGGAGUGUCGACGAACAGCCAUCAGAAUACCGGCACGAGGAUCGCGAGUAUGACAAGGGCAAACCCUUUGUCCGUUCCACGGCAUACGAUGGCUACAGACCGCUUCGCUUUGUCGUCAGACGAUUAUGA